UUUAAUAUUUAAAAAUAUAUUUACAUAUAUUCCCUUCGAUUGAUUCUGGGAUUCGAUCAUAACAUACGUACAUCUAUCUAUCUUUCUCAUUCUUCUUCUUCUUCUUGUUCGUCUUCAAUUGCCCCUUUUCUCUCUCUUUGUGUUAGGUUUCUUCUUCUUGGCAUGGAGAACGACACCAGCGCCGCCGCCACCAACAACCACAACACCACCGGCAAAGUGGGUUCAGGAGGAGUGAAAUCGAACAAUCAGAACCGAGAAGAAGAGCAUUCCAAUUUGAAUGGGGAGGAACACAUGACGGAACAUGUGGAGAUUGAAGAAGAAGAAGAAGAGGAUCGAGAAGCUGAUGAAGAAGGAGAACCAACUGGAUCUGCACCCAACCCUCGCCAACCUUCAAGAACCCCUUUCACUAAUCUCAGCCAGGUCGAUGCUGACCUCGCCCUUGCCCGAGCGCUUCAGGAGCAGGAAAGGGCGUAUAUGGUGCUGAGAAUGAAUAAUGAUGGAAGUGAUUAUGGAAGUUGGGAAGGUGGAAGCCAUUUGCAUGAUGAUGGGGACGAUUUUGAUGACCUACAUGAUGGCACUGAUGUGGAUGAGGAUGAAGAAGAAGAAGAUGAUAAUGAGGAGGAGUAUGAAAAUGAAGAUGCAUUUGAUGUCCAUGCUCAUGCUAGUGCUGGAGAACAUGAUAAUCCCAGCAUUGAAUUUGACCCAGAUGUAUUUUCAAGUGAUGAAGCAUAUGCAAGAGCAUUACAAGAGGCUGAAGAGAGGGAAAUGGCUGCUAGACUGUUGGCUCUUGCUGGGAUAAAUGAUAGGGAGGUGGAGGACAUAGAGGAACAUGGUGCGAAUUCUCAGGAUGCUUGGGAGGAUGUUGAUCCAGAUGAACUUUCAUAUGAGGAACUGCUGGCGCUGGGUGAAGUAGUUGGAACUGAGAGCAGAGGUCUUUCGAUUGACACUAUUGCCUGUUUGCCUUCAGUCAACUACAAGAGUGGGAGUGAUCAACAUGGAAGCAAUGAUUCGUGUGUAAUUUGCCGGGUGGACUAUGAAGAUGAUGAAUCAUUGACAGUUCUUUCCUGCAAACAUCUGUACCAUCCCGAGUGCAUUAAUAAUUGGUUGAAAAUAAACAAGAUUUGCCCAGUUUGCAGUACUGAGGUAUCUGCUUCUGGGAACAACUUGUAGGGGGAUUUAGUAGCUGCUCUUCACUUCAAAUUGAAGAAAAUUGGUGCAAGUUGGGGGAGAUAUAUCCCCUAUUUUAGUAGCAUUGCCAUGUUGGGGAGAUAGUCUGUGCUCAUAUUGUAUCCCCCUUCGUUUUAAAUGUAACAUGUAACUUUCGGAAUCAGCUCUCUAGAUUGUAUCUUUUUUAAUGGAAUGAAUGGCGUCAAAGUGGCCAGUUGUUGUGGCCAUUUCUCUGAACUAUCAUCUUCAAAUUGAGGCAUGCUAUU